GAAUAUAUUCAGAGACCUGAGUUAUUUGCCUACGCAAAUAUAAAAUCAUAAAAUAGGAAAAGGUUGGUUUGGGAACAAUUCUUGAAAUAAUUCUUUUUCUGAUUUGAAGAAAUCAAACAAUAUUUCUAAAAUUUCUUAAAAAAUUUUCUUUAAUUGCAAAGCAUAUAAAAUAUAUUUUUCCUCUCCUUAAUUUCCCCGCUCUUGUCCGCUGCUUUCAACAAGAAAUAAUUAGUAUAAUAAGAACAACAAACAUGUAAUAAAUCCUUUAUUUAUUUAUUUAUUUGAAGAGAAAAUUCUCCCAUUUUCCUUUCGAACCUCAUUUUUUAAUUGCAACUCGUGGUGGUCGCCACAGGAAUGUAGAUAACAGUGAAACGGGCUUCAUGAUUCCAAGCAAUCCACUCAACGGCAAAUCCUCUCCGGCUUCUUAGAUUUGCUUCACAGGUUGUAAAAGCUCGUGCUUUCUUCAUGUCGGGAUUGAAGAAGUAAAGCCAUCCGUCGUCAUCAUCACCAUCUCCUUCCCUCUAUUUUUCUUCGCGUAGUUUAUCAUGUGGGUCUCGUGUGGGGAGGGUUUUGGUGAAGUGGAUUCUUCCCAUUGAUGGGUUGGGUUUUCAGUACAGAGGUUGCAGUCAUGUGGGUAUGGUUUGAAUUUCUGGUUUCUGUUCCGCAAAUGCAUGUGCCCAUUGCGGUUGCUGUUUCUGAUGGGAAAGAGUUCUUUUUUCCUUUGUCUUGGGGGAAAGUUGCUUCUAGUGGGUGGGUUUUGUAGUGCACUGGUUGCUUUCGUUUGGCUCUACUUCACCUUUUUGAUUUCCUCUAACAGGUGAGAGUCUGUUUGGGUUGCUGCUGUUUUUAUAACUGAGUUUCACCAUUUCUAAUAUAUCUGCCACAGAAGGUGGUCGUCACUGGGGCUCAUGUUCUGAUAUUUUCUGGGCGUAUUGAAUCUCUGGCAUUGUAUUUAAUUUUUUCUCAUUGUAUUUCGCCUGUUGCUUUUUAUUUCACUGGCCAAUAAUUAUUUCUGGGCUUGAGGAUUUUGAUUCUGCAAGUGCCUACCAUCUUACAGUGUUGCUCUUGGGUUUGGGCACUCCUAUUGUUGAAGUUAUUGUACGUGUAUUUUUUAUUCUGAGAAUUGAAUCAAAGAGGAAAAUUUGUUCUUUUGGACUUGAGUUAAUUUAGUUAUUGUGGAAGCUGUUUUGUUUUUGCAAUUAAUCAUGGCUGAGAGGGCUGAGAGGGUUCUGUCCCUGAGUUAGGCAUUGUCUUCAAUUCUUUUAUUCAUGGAAGUUGCUUUAUAUUGGUAUUUAAUGCUGAGCAUUGAAACGGAGGAAAAUUUGCGCACUGGAGCCCGCAUAGUCUUUUUUCUGCGGAAAAGAGAGUGAGAAAUGGACUUAUGGGUUUUUCUUGCGGCCACUGGUGCGGGAAAUUUAGUUAAGUUUUGGCAGAAUCUUUCAAAUGAUAAGGGCAGCUUCAAGGAGGCAUUUUCUGGGGGUUCUGAUGUUAAGGAACCUGGAGCAAAUUCAUCAAUUCAGCAUCUUUGUGACAAGAGCUGCCCCUUUGGCAGAUUAGCAUGGAGCAGAAGACUUCACGAAGAUGCUUCUAUGGUGGGCGACGUGGUGUUUGAUGGGAGAGUGUCAGAUGUAUCUUGCACAAGCGGUGCUUCAGCAGCAGAAGCUGCUUCUACUAGUGGGCUAGAUGGUGAAAAACUAUUAUAUUUUGAUAAUUAUGAUGGUUACAAUGCAUGUUCAAUAUCAAGCUUGCCACUGGAGCUGUCAAGAAAUGAAAGUCUUCAAGAUAAUAGGUUUGGAAUCAGGCCAGGUGGUGAUAUUGAAGACCUUUCUAGCAAUUUAUUAACUAAAUAUUCCACAGAAGGAAUUGGUUCUUUUUGGAGUUCUUCGAGGACCAGAUACUCCCUUAGAAGUAGAAGGUCUCAUAUGCAUUUUGUUAGACCUUUAAGCUCUAUAGAAAGUUGCCUCUUGGCUCAACUAUACAAGGAAAAUACUGAAAUAAAAGAUUAUGUGCUUAGUUUCCUUCCAUCAAAGUCUGUACCACCUUUAAGGCCAUUGUUUGUAACAGAUGGAAGCCAAAUAAUAAAUAGGGCAAAUGGUGAUUCUCUCAAUGCACAGGUUGAAACUGAUGAAAAUAAUGAACAUAAGGAAACUUAUGUUGAAGAAAACAAGAAUAUUUUUGGGGUUCCUCUGCUACAAAAAAUUGUGUCUAUGGUGUUUCCGAGGAAAACUGAACAUAUGACAGGAAAGGGACAACGUGGAAGGUUGAACACUUCCUGCAAAAUAGUCGUCAAUGGAAAACGCGGCCAACCACAAGUGUCAACUGAUGGAGGGCUUCUAUUCUGUCUCGGGAUUUCUGUUGGCAUUAUAUCUUCUUUCGUUGCAAAUGAAAGGGAAAUAGAAAAAUUGAGACAGUUGCUGAAUCAAACCGAGAACUUGGUUCAAGAUCUUCAAGAGGAACUCGAAAUGAAAGAUGCAAUAACUGUGAAGGAGCUAGUUAAUGGAGAUUGUGACUCACAUUAUAGAUGUGACCGUUCCUUUCACAACAUUGAGCCAAAUAUAUUAUCCCCUGCACAGGAUUUGGAUAAAUUAGCAAGAUAUGAUGGUAAAGAGUUGUCUGAAAAAAUGGUAGAGAAGGAUUCAGAACAUAUUAAAACAAUUGAGGCAGAGCUGGAAGCGGAGUUGGAAAGGCUGGAACUAAGCAUGAAUGCAUCUGCUUUGGAGAGAGGAUUUCCAAAUCUUGUUGAGCUUGACCCAGACCUUGUAGCAGAUGUUGUUGAAGGGGAAUUGAGAGCAGACAUGUUUACUGGGGGAUUUGAUGGCCAAUCUGAUCCAGAUAGAGAUACAACUGGCACCUCUACAACUCACACUGCAAACUAUGCUGUUUCGCCUCGAGAACUGAGCUUGCGUUUACAUGAAGUCAUUCAAUCAAGACUCGAAGAACGCAUCAGGGAGCUGGAGACGGCACUUCAAAACAGCCAGAGGAAUGUACAUGUCUCGGAACUAAAGCACACAGAUUCUUGGAGAGAGUCCUCAGACAGUGAAUGGGGAUCUUCCCCUACCCAUGGAAGUCCAAUUGCCACAGAAGAAUUCAACCCCAUGGCUCAACCCCUUGUUAUAAAUUUAUCAGGAGAAGCAUUGGAUGCAUUCCAUGAGGCUCGCAAAGAGUUGGUGAAAAUUAAGGAAUCAGAAGAAGAGAGCAUACCAUUUGGAGUCUAUGAAGAUUCCCAUCAAAGCUCUUUCUGGGGUGAAGACGGUGAGGAUAAUGAUUCGAUGAUGCUGCAUUGUACAAUCAAUGAGGAGAUUUCUCAUGAGAUAAGCACAUUGGAGUGGGGAUCCAAUGAUGUUGAUGUAACUAGUGAUGAAAAUGAUGAGGAUGACAAGAUGGAGAAGCUAUUGAUCCAGCAAAUUGUGGAGAAAACAAGAAAAGGUUCUCCGGCAGUUUUGAAUGCUCAAAAGGCUUUGUUUUCGGUGGAUGUAAACGAGUGAUGAAAUGAAUGACACCAAGAAAUUUUCACUGUAUAGAAUGUGGGGAAAAGGAGUGAUAUUCUCAUUGACAGCAAAGAUAAUUACAUUGUUCCACCAAAAUUACUUUCAUUUUUUAGCAUAAAAAUUUUCAUGUCUUGAUGAGUAAAA